AUGGCAGCAGAACUUCAUCCAUCGGACACCCUAAUCUCAACCGUCCAACCAUCCACCAUCCUUCCAUCUUCAGACCCUCCACAACUCGACCACGCCGCCGCCGCCCCGACAGCUCAUAGCAACCCCCCAAAACGACAACGGCGACCCAGCGUCCGACUGGGAGAGAUCGGCGGCGAUUCUCAUUACGAGCAUCAAAAUCGCCGCCCUAACAAGAAUUGGAGCUUCCACAAGAACCCAUCUCUGGCUGCCAAAACAUCCAAAACUCGCCCCCUCACCAACCUCGUCAACGGCAUCGACUCCAGGUUCGGAGAUUCGAAUGAACCCCCCGAGAAUUUCGCCGAUUUCAGUCACCGCAAGACUAAAAAUAAGAAGUCUGCGAGAAAAGCUCGCACCAAUUGGAAUAAACCUGAGACCGCUGCCGCUGCCACUAGUAAUGGAGGUGGUGGUGGAGAAGGAGGAAUCAAUGAGAGUGUUGAAGCUUUUGAAGAUUAUAAUGAGGAUACUAAUGAAGAUCUUGGAGAAUUCGAGCCCGAAGGCACUGAGAGUCCUUCUCUGAAUGAACAACAAACUCCAGUUAACUCCGCCGGUUUGCAAUUUUGGGAUCAGCCCAGGAGAAGAAAUCGAUCAGAAAGUAAUGGAAUGCGUCAGAAUGAGGUUAGUUCACAGGAGAAGAUGAACGUGGGAGUGAGGGAAUGGCUGGCUGGGUUAGGGUUGGGGAGGUAUUCUCCUGUCUUUGAGAUACACGAGGUUGAUGAUGAGGUUCUGCCCCUGCUAACUCUGGACGAUCUCAAGGAUAUGGGGAUCAAUGCAGUUGGAUCUCGAAGGAAAAUGUACAACUCAAUUAUCAAGCUGCGUAGAGGUUUCUCUUGA